AUGUCUCUGGUUCCGAACGAUGAUCCGAUUGAAAUCCGGGAGGUGUGGGACGAGAAUCUGGAAGCGGAGCUGCAUCUGAUUUCAAACCAAAUCGACCAUUUCCCUUACGUCGCCAUGGACACGGAGUUCCCCGGAACCGUGUGCAAGCCAGUGACGGCGGACCCGAGCCCGAUCCCGAAGCGCAACAGCAACCGAUUCAACUACGAGUCCCUGAUGACGAACGUGAACAUGCUCAACAUGAUCCAGCUCGGCCUCACCUUAUCCGACGACCAAGGGAACCUCCCAACCUGCGGGACCAGCAACAAGCGGUGCGUCUGGCAAUUCAAUUUCAGAGAAUUCAACCUCAAAACCGACAUGUUCGCCAUCGAUUCCAUCCAGCUCCUCAAGGACUCAGGCAUGGACUUCGCCAGGAACAACGAAUUCGGCAUCGACUCCAAGAGAUUCGCCGAGCUUCUCACCGGAUCAGGGGUCGUGCUCAACGACGAGGUCCAGUGGGUGACGUUCCAUUGCGGGUACGAUUUCGGAUACCUGCUGAAGCUCCUGACGGGGAAGGAUUUGCCGGAGAAGCAGUCGGAGUUCUUCUCGCUGGUGAAAACGUAUUUCCCGAGGGUGUACGAUAUCAAGCAUUUGAUGGAUUUCUGCAACGGGCUCUUUGGGGGACUGAGCAAAGUGGCGGAGCUGCUCAAAGUGGAGCGCGUUGGGGUGUCUCACCAGGCUGGGUCGGAUAGCUUGCUGACGUCGUGUGUGUUCAGGAAGAUGAAGGAGAAAUACUUCGCCGGUCCAUUGGAUAGAUAUUCUGGUCAUUUGUAUGGAUUAGGAAAUGUUAACCAACCUCAGCCGUCUUCCGUCUCUGAGAUAACAAGGACUUCCUGUUUUUCUUCCGUUCGAAAAGUCAAUCAGAAAGGAAACAUGUCAGGUGAUGAAGCUGCUCCAGUUGUUGUUCCUCCCGUUGCUGAGCCAGCAGCAAUCAUCCCAGAGGACAUGGACUUGUUGACUGCGUUGGAGUUGACUCUAAGGAAAGCUCGUGCUUAUGGUGGUGUUGUUCGUGGUCUCCAUGAGAGUGCCAAGCUUAUUGAGAAGCGUUCUGCUCAGCUCUGUGUUUUGGCUGAAGACUGCAACCAGCCUGACUAUGUCAAGCUUGUCAAGGCUCUCUGCGCUGAUCACAACAUCAACUUGCUUACUGUUCCAAGUGCCAAGACCCUCGGUGAAUGGGCUGGUCUCUGCAAGAUUGAUUCUGAGGGUAAUGCCAGGAAGGUUGUUGGUUGCUCCUGCCUUGUAGUCAAGGACUACGGUGAGGAGACGACUGCGCUCAACAUCGUGAAGAAGCAUAUUGAAUCUAACUAG